GUGAGAGAGGGAGUGUGUGGAUGGUCACAGAGAUAAAGUAGAGAGGGAGGGGAGAGGUAGAUGAAAGAAGGGGCGAUCAAGUGAGAGACAAAAGGUAUGAGAUAGAUGUAGCAGAAGCGGCGAGGGGAAGGAGAGCGACAGAUGUAAAGGAUACCUCCCUUCAUGCCCCAGCCCCCGCUUGCAACCUCCUGAGUUGAGCCGCUGUGAACUGCUGGAUCCCGCCGUGUGGAUUUCUCCACAGCAGCCUCAUCCACAGGCGCGCAGGAGUGGGCUGUGCAGGAGCAGGAGCCUGUUGCCUGGAUACCCCUGCUGUCGCCACGACGGCGAAAAGCCAAGACCGAAGCGUGCGCAUAUUUGCUGGCUGGUGCCGCUGCCAUGGGAAAAACACAGCUGGAAAAACACGGCAAGCGACGGUUCCCUCGCUUGCCGACUUGCUGACUGACUUGCUGUCGUCGCAUGUACGCAUAAGGAAAGAAUCGCCCUGAGAAGGGGGCUUUAAAGAGACGGGUGACGGGGGUGGCUGGUACCCUGCUUUGCAUGAUGAAGAGAACUGUUUGGUAGCAGGGAUAUUACUUUGGCAAAAUUGAAGCAACUGCAACAAGAGCGGGAAAGGGCUGGUAGGGGAGAAGUCACACGUGGGGCUGGCUGGGUUACUUAAGCAGGAAGGCUGUGUGCAACUAUGCAGAUCCAGUCUUCUGGUCCACAGUCCAAAGCCUCCAGCUUCAUCCUCAGUCAGAGAUGUGUACUGGCCUCCAAAAUGGAAAUCCACCGUGAACAGAGCAUCUGCCAGGCGCGAGCCGCUGUCAUGGUGUAUGACGAUGCCAAUAAGAAGUGGGUCCCAGCCGGUGGCUCUACAGGCUUCAGCAGAGUCCACAUUUACCACCACACGGGCAACAACGCCUUCCGUGUAGUGGGACGCAAGAUCCAAGAUCAUCAGGUGGUGAUAAACUGUGCCAUUCCCAAGGGGCUGAAGUACAACCAGGCCACACAGACCUUCCACCAGUGGCGUGAUGCCCGACAAGUCUACGGCCUCAACUUUGGCAGCAAGGAGGAUGCAAACGUAUUUGCCAGUGCCAUGAUGCACGCACUGGAGGUGCUUAAUUCGCAGGACACAGGUCCUACGUUGCCCAGACAGGGCCCCCAGGUUCAGAAUGGUCCCACACCGGAGGAGAUGGACCUGCAGAGGAGGCAGCUUCAGGAGGCACAGAGACAGAAGGAGAUGGAGAGGGAGCGCCAGGAGCGAGAACGUCAGGAGAGAGAGCGUCAGGAGCGGGAGCGCCAAGAGAGGGAGCGCCUGGAGCGAGAGAUGCUGGAGCGUCAGGAGCGCGAACGUCAGGAACGGGAGCGUCAGGAGAGGGAGGCGCAGGCAGAGAAAGAGCGACUGGAGCGGGAGCAGCAGGAGCGUGCCGAGCGUGAACUGAUGGAAAGGGAGAAAGCAGAGAGAGAGCGGCUGGAGAAGGAGCAGCAGGAGCAGUUGGACAGAGAGCAGCAGGACUGGGAGAGAGGGAGACGCAUCUCCAACGCUGCUUUUGAAAGCACGCUGUGCACCCCCAAACCUCAGGAGUACGGCAGGACCCCCUCCACGCCCAUAUCUCCAUCCACGCCCACUUACCCAUCUCCUGGGACCCAGUCGCCAUCCUCCACUACAACACCCCCAACACCCCCAACCCCCCCGCUCAGGCACUCGGCCUCCCGGUUUGCCACCUCACUCGGUUCUGCCUUCCAUCCUGUCCUGCCUCACUACGCCACAGUUCCACGGCGACAGCAGGCAUUUCCCCAAGCCCCACCGCCUGCCCCUGCUCCUGCCCCUGCUCCAACUCCUCCUCCACCCAAGUCUGUGGUGUGGUCAGCGUGCAAUUUUACUCCAUUGCCCCCCUCACCUCCAGUCAUGAUAAGCAGCCCCCCAGGGAAGGCCACCGGUCCAAGGCCACUGAUCCCGAUUGCCGCACCAUCCCCUCUCACCCAAAAGCCUCCCUCACCAUCCCCCAACGGGCCACCCAUGUUUCCCGCACCUUCUCCUGUGACUAUCCCACACGGCCACCCCCCCCUCAGCAUUACCUGCCCAACACCACCUCCCCCACCUACUCCACCCCCUCUCCCCUCACCCAUAGCUCCCCUCCGUCUUCCUCCUCCGUCUUGUUCCCCCUCCUCAUCCCAGGCUCCUGGUGUGCCCUCUCCCUCCACAGCGCCCCCUGCUGCUGCAGCUGCUGCUGCCACCUCUGCCUCUGCUGAACACCUCUCCCUCCCUGUGGGCCUGGGUCUGUCGGGGCCAGGGGAGCUGGACACAGCCGCAGGCUCAGAGCCCCAGUCGGCUCAGGGGGAUUCCUCCUGUCAGCCCCAGCCCCAGGACUCCAGGGUUGACCACCCCACCCCUCCCCCACCUCCACCUCUGCCACCCGGCUCCACUGUGACCUCUGCGGCUGCUACCCCGGCCGUCACCCCCACGACCCCCGGCCCACCCUCCACCCCGCCACCUCCUCCACUCCCUCCGACACUGACUCCAGGCGGGACGCCACCUCCUCCACCGGGUCCCCCUCCCCCUCCCGGAGCCCCACCACCACCCCCAGCACCACCUCUUCCCACUGGACUGUUCUCUCCAGCAGAGGACCGCCCUCUCUCAGGCCUGGCUGCUGCCCUCGCUGGAGCCAAGUUGCGCAAAGUGCCAAGGAGUGAUGAUGCAGGGGCAGCUCUGGCAGCAGCCAUGAUGGGGGCCACAGGGGCUAAAUCAGAGGCCAGAGGUAACGGGCCCCUUCCUGGAGGAGGAGGAGGGCUUAUGGAGGAGAUGAGCGCCCUAUUGGCCAGGAGGAGAAGAAUUGCGGAGAAGGGCUCGUCACCUGAACCUGACCAGAGAUCGGAGGAGGGUGAGAUAAAUACGACCCCUAAAGUGUCAGCUUGUAGCACACCAGACAUGCCCAGGAAGCCAUGGGAAAGAACAAACACCAUGAAUGGUAGCAAAUCUCCAGUUAUUGGAAGACCUAAAUCCACUCCUACACCUACUGCAUCCUUAAGUGCCAAUGGUGUGCCAACAGAAGCUGUUGACUAUGAUAGAUUGAAACAGGACAUUCUUGAUGAGAUGAGGAAGGAACUGUCAAAACUAAAAGAAGAGCUCAUUGAUGCAAUCCGGGAGGAGCUGGGUAGGUCCAGCACAGCAUAGAGGAAUCGGACCUCCCCGUUCAGAAACACCCACGAGAACCGACAGACAACCACGGUCAACUUAAAGACAUGACAAUAUAACAACGGAAAACAACAAAAAACGGUGGCGAUUAUGACAAAUAUCAUUUUACCACACAGAGAGGACAUUAUCUGGUGCGGAGCAGUGUCAGACAGGCUGGUGGUGGUAGGAGACUUGUAGCCUUUGAUAGCUGUGACUCACAGAAUCCAUUCUACAAAGCCUCGUAUUCCCACUGCCCCAUCUCACAACCCCCUCUCUCCCCUCGCCUUCCUGCUGAGGGCAUCCUGGAGGACAGAGGAGCGAAAGUCUUUAUGCAAAGAUGGCUCCUCUCUGUUUGUCCUCCUUUAAGAAGAAAAUAAAUCCAAUAGAGAACUCUUCUGUGAUACUGUAUUAACCACAAGUUGCUCACUAUGAAAAGUUUUAUCAAGAGUGUGCAGAGAGCCGAAGGAUGGAAACUUAAAAACUUUUCUCCCAUAAUGCCAUAGGGGUAGCGUGUGUUUGUGUAUGAAGGACUGACAGUCUCUGGUGGAGGCUAUAACUGCAGGACACUGUAAAGCUCGUCUUCCUCAAAUACUAUUUUAACCUGAACAUAUACAAAAGAGAGAAAAAGUUAGACAAAAAAAAAUAAAAUCUCUCCACCAACGUCUGUUUCAGUGUGGAUCUACGGCCAUAUGAGUAGCUCAAUAAUCCAGUCUUUAUACAGGAUGCUCCCUGGCCCGUCUCUUCAUCUGUGAAGUCAUCAUCAGAGGCGUUGUUUCCCUCCCAAAGUGAGAGUUUUUGUCAUUUUUCUGUCGUCGAGCGGCAGGUGGAUGAGACACUGAGGGGUGUAGCUGCCUGUAGCUCUCUACCAAACUUUACCUGUUGAACAGAAGUGCUGAUUCACCCGCCAUGCACCUCGACCAGACGUAUAGAUAGGUGUUCCCUUUCCUUUGAUUUAACAAGUCUCUAUCAUCCAUCCUUCUCAGUCUGUUGUGGGGUUUUUUGUUUUAGCAUGUUUGUUUUCUUAGUACGGCGAAGGUCACAGGUCUGCCACGAAUUUGCAUUACCCGUCACAAGUUUUAAUACAAGCAAUAAGUGUAGCAUCUCUUUUUACAGCCCUGCUCCUAAACGCCACCAAACAUUUCAGUGUCUUUUUUGUUUUGCGGGGGGGGCCCUUCUGUGCCCCUGUUGGAUGUUACUGUGUCACCACCACCUUUCUGUAAAGCUGAAGGAAAAGAUUGAAUAACAGCGCAACACUGUAAGACAUCAUUUCUAUAUCACAGCACACUCGGAAUUUUUCUUCUAUAAAUCCUAGGAUACUGUAUCUGUAGCCACAUUGGAGGUGAACUUUAUUAUUAGUUUUUUGGUUUUUUGUUGGGGUUUUUUGGAGGGGGGAUGUUCUGUUUUCAUUUUAAAACAUUUAUAAAAUUAAACUUUUUUUCAAAAGGUGCACCAGACAACCCAAAAAUCUAAGAGAUUGUGUCCAUGCAAGGACAUGAAUGUGCCAUUCAUUCUUUCACCAGUGCUUACUGUGUCAUUUUUUUUCUUUGCCGUUUUCUCCUGCUGCUGUCAAAUCCUUAAAAUGACAAGCUGUAUUUACCCCUGUCAUGCUAUGAUAUAAGAUAAGAGAACUGUCACUUUCAGCAUGUCUUUAACUUCAGUGCUUAAAGUACAAUCAGUAUAAGAGAGAGAUGUUUGGAGCUGAGAGACUGAUGUUCCAACAAAGCUUCAAGAUACAACACAAUAGGUUGAGGCAAUGGAUCUGUGGUAUGGUUCUGUACUCUUGUUGUCUGAAUGAGAUCCUGAAGAGUGGCCAUCUCCAAAACGUAAUCGAGUUUCUUGGCUAGCUAACAGCCACAGUGUGCUCUGCAGGAGCCGAUUGAAGCAUUCAAGAGGGGGUGAUGUUUUAACGUGAGUGUCUGUAGUGUAUAUUGCAAGCAUCAGACUGGGAUCUUAAAAAGCAGCAGCAUACCAUCUCCACAGGUCACUCCUAGGUAGCAAUCCCAAACACGUUUCAGGUUUUGUCUCUCUGGACUCCAACUCUCACUUGUGACGUUUUGUGUUGCCCACAUGAUCUUGGAUGCAGUGUGUUGCUUGGGAUGUUUCGAAUACAUUCUAAAAACGCCUGAGCAAACAAGCUUGUGCAGCCUGUAAUUUAACAUCAAAUGGAAAAGCUGAUAAUUGCACUGAGUAAUCACUGUUUUACUUAAAGGUUAGUGACAGCUAAUGCUAGCUGCUUGACAGGGCUCUAUCAGCCUCCCUCAGACACCUGUCACAUUUCCAACAUUCUCACCUGUUUUUCACUUUGAAUAGGGUAACAUCAAGUGCUCAGCUGGCUUGGUGAUUCUUUGCUAGUUGUGUGUUGUUGAGAGGGCUGCUAAAACUUGUUAGCGCCUGCCAGCCAUAUUGUGCACAUGUUUCAGUGCUGCUGGUAGCAAGCAAAAUGAUGUAAAUAUCCCAAAAGAGCAGCAGACCAGUGAAACAUGCUGUUUGGGAUCAAAGUGAAGCGAUUGAUCAUUUCUGUAGAAGUUAACUCCAUUAGCCUCGGUGAGGCAGUAUUCAUAUGUGGAGGUUGCUUUAGUGCCAGACGGUGGCUGUUCCUGACCUUUGGGGGCAUAUCUUUGCAGACACUACCGUCAUAUUGACAACAACUAGUCACUCACAAGGCAGGCUAACACAGCUUAACUAAACUAGCUAUCUGUGUGCAACUUUGCAAAUAUGCAGAUUGCACAAGCAACCCUUUUUUUCAUGAGAGUUUCAUUGCCUAGCAGGUGAUGUCAUUGGCUGGCACAUGAAAAGUUAAUUGCUAGUGAAGCCUUAAGUUUCGAUGAACCAGCUACCUGCAUGAUGAACCUAAGGAGCACACUUCCAACAUUGUAAUGCCAGAUUUGCUUUGUAGUGCAGGCUGAGAUGACCAUGAGGACCUGAUUAUGAAUUCAUGAGGAAGAAUUUUGAAAUUUCUACCAGACCAAAGAAACCAUUACACCAUUGUCAAAAUUCUAAUGGUACAUCUAUAAACUGUGUGUAAAAUAUGUGGCCAUGCCCCCUUUAGAAGAAUCUUUGGGUUAACUGGCAAAUUAUUUUUGUUGUUGUCAUCACCACAGUUUUUAUACUACUUAACCCAACAGAUGGCUUGAUAAUCAUGUCUUUCAGUGGCUGUUGGCGCCUCUGGUGGAUCUCAUUCUACACAACUGUUUAAGGGCUUUGAUGUUAUAGCUUUGCUACAUAAGAUCAGGCAUCACACAUUGAGAAAUGUCAUUUUCCUCUUCAGUUACUGUCAUCAGUUUGAGAUUGGUUUGAAAAUACUGUGAACACAAUACGAAAGCAGUUUCAGUUCAUGUGUGGACAUGGUGUGAUCCAUGGAGGAAUGUUUUUUUGGAGACAGUUUAGGUUUAUCCACUUAAAAAAAAGGCUGUUUCAUCAACUCAUUUACCAAGAGUGUUUACACAGCAUUGAUUGCACUUUAAGACAAAAAACACACACACACACACACACACACACAGCAAUCCACCGUGACAGCUGUCGCUCAGAGCCUCUGUCACCAACAUUGUGGCUCUCUCACCAAAGGAUUUUAACCCUGAUGGUCUCCUGCUAAACAUUAUCAAUCUCAGAAAAGUCGCCUUUUUAUUUUAGGUUUUAAUGAUUUUGUCAAAAGCAGAAAGAUGUCACAAUUUAAGUGGAAAUGUUUUGAUCAAGAAGUUUCUCUUUUGUGGAGCUGUGUGGUUUGUGCCUUGUUCCGAAGUUGCAUUUAAUAUGUCAAAGAUUUAAAGUUGACUAGUAAUAAUAUCUAUGGGACUGUCAUUAUGAUCAUCUGCAGUUUCUUUGUUCAUCAUGUUAAAGCUGAUUUUAAAGGGGGAGUUUCAAUCACUUUGGUACUGUUCCCUCCAAGAAAACAUCUUUGCACCAAGUGUUUUUCUGUUUGCUUUCAACAUAACUCAUGACUUCUUUCCAUGCAGCUGUGAAGCUGCUUUCUCUUACAGCUCAGAAGUACAAUCAAACUUUGAUACACAAGGCCUACGAGGGUUCAAAGAUGAUCUUCAGUGUGUGUGAUUUAGUUUUUUGUAAACCUGAAGCCCUGUUUGGAAGUCCCAAUGAGUCUGGCUGCAGUGUUCUGUGUUCCCUCAUGCCAUUUUAAAUGUCACAGAAACUCUUUUUGUUCAGCAGCGUAGCUUUCUUUACAUGCUUGGAAAUCUCUGAUUGGAAAAAAAAAAAAGUUUUGGUUUUGGCUGUGAGGUCUGCUCAAUGAUGGAAACACUUUGUAAAUCCAGCUGAGUGAAUGGAAGUUGUGAAUUUGCGGGAAUAAUGGCAGAGAUGACUGACUGAAGUAAGUUUUGUAGAGGGUUUUCCAGACGUAUUCUUUUAUCAUCUGAAAUGUACCAUACUGUUCUCAUGUCUAGUCUUUUCUUACAUGCUAACAUAUUGUUUUUGUUUGAGCAAAUGAAAUAAAAAUUGCAAUACAAUACUA